AGCCUCGUUUCAAUGCGCCCUUGACUGAACUUCUAUCUCUAUAAAAACAAACCGAUCGCUGUCAUUUCGCCUGAAGUCGAAACGGCACCCACAAUGGCGGCUAUCGAGGCAGCCCUGGUAUUCGGAUCAAUCAUUAUUUUGCUGUUUCUUCUCGUGAAUCAUCGCGCUCGUAGGGUGAGAGAGAUGCACAAGUUUCAAUCCCCGCCGCCAUAUCGUAUGCUGUUUGGAAAUACUCUCGAAUUCAAAGACGAGCCUUCAGAGUUCUUGGAGCAGAUAAUGGGCUGGUGCAGUCAGUUCAAAGGGAUUUUCUGUCUGUGGCUCUCCUUUGCUAAACCAUUUCUCCUUAUUUAUGAACCUAAGACAGUAGAGGUAAUCCUGAGUAGCUCCAAGCAUAUCACAAAGGCUCAGUUCUAUGACUUUCUCCUGCCCUGGCUGGGCACUGGUCUCUUGACAAGUACUGGGGAAAAAUGGAAAAAGCGCCGCCGUCUAAUUACUCCAACUUUUCAUUUCAAAAUCCUGAAUGACUUUGUGCAAGUGUUUGACCAGCAAUCACAGCUCAUGGUCUCGAUUAUAAAGUCCCAGCCAAGUGAUAAAGUCUUCAACAUUUUCCCUUUGAUUGCCUGCUGUGCUUUGGACAUUAUUGGAAAAACCGCUAUGGGCGUUAACAUAAAUGCUCAGAAAAACAGUUCGUCAGAAUAUGUCAAAGGGGUUAUCAGGAUGAGUGAACUUAUCCAGAGUCGCCAGAAGCGCCCCUGGGUCCACCCUGCAUUUCUGUACUGUCUGACAAAUGAGGGACGAGAACACAACAAGAUUAUCAAGUUUCUCCACGACUUUACCAAUCAGGUGAUAACUGAACGGAUCCAAGAGCGUCUUUAUUCACCUAAAGAGAAAUAUGAAACCUGAGAAUCCGAUGAGUUCACAGGAAGGCGGAAAAGGCGUCUUGUUGCCUUCCUUGAUAUGCUGUUAAAUGCAUAUGAUGCGGGCGAGAUUGAUGUUGAAGGUGUUAGAGAAGAGGUCGACAUCUUUAUGUUUGAGGGCCACGACACUACGGCGGCUGCGAUGGCCUGGGCAGUACAACUUCUUGGAGAACACCCGGAUGUACAAAAAAAAGCACAAGCGGAAGUGGAUGAGUUCUUCGCCACGAAUUCCGGCAAACUCACAGCAGAUUCGCUGAAAGGGCUUAAAUAUUUAGAGUGCGUAAUUAAGGAGACCCUUCGUAUUUUCCCGUCGGUGCCUUUCUUCGGUAGAAGCCUUGUGGAAGACUUAGAGCUUGAGGGUCGACUCAUCCCUAAGGGGACGGACGUGGGUGUUAUUACGAUUGGACUUCAUCGCAAUCCCGAAGUCUGGCCGAGCCCGAUGAAGUUUGACCCCGACCGCUUCUUACCGGAGAAUUCCGAAGGAAGGCAUCCGUACGCAUUCGUACCUUUCUCGGCAGGAUCUCGGAACUGUAUCGGUCAGCGGUUUGCCCUACUAGAGGAGAAAGUGGUACUCGCGUACAUUCUUCACAAUUUCGACAUCGUGUCAACCGAGAAGAGCACAAAGAUCAAGACAUGCGCAGAGCUGAUCACCAGACCACGUGACGGUAUCUUCGUUUCCUUGACGACGCGGGAGCAGGGGCUCUAGGAGACAGAAAAUGCACACAGAAGCACGGGCUUUAUGAAUAGAUAAAAGGCACGACAUAUGAUUUAGAAUUGUGGGACUAAGCAGCAGGGAUGUAGAAGUUUUUGGAAAAAGUAGUUUAUAUUUAGAUAGAGACGGGUGAAUAAUCACUCAAUUUUUCUGAUUCAGCGGAUUUCUCGAACACAAAAACCAAGCCAAAAUUGGCAAACCUUGAAUUCAAACUAAUGACACUCGAUCACUCAUCAAAAAGGUCAACUUAAAAAGUGUAAUAUAUUUGUGAUUUUUUAAGAAUUUUUAGAAUUUCAUUGAGCUGUAGUUUAUGUCAAAAAGCGGCAAUUAUACCUCCAUACACACCCACAAAUUUUAGCUUUCUUGCAGAUUUCUUGUAAAUGGAAUUGUACAUUAAGGUAGACACAAAGAAUCAAUUUCUAAAGUACACUUGUAAGCAUCGAGCAGAAGUCCGAAUGGAUAUUAGAAAUAAAUAAAAUCUAGUCGAGCAA